AUUCAUUUUUAAUCGUAUUUUCAUUAGCGAUUUACCGAUAACACAGAUUAAUUUAAUCUGUGCCGAUAAUAUUCGCUUUUGAUUUUAUUUUAAUUGUGUAUGUUAUCAUAAAAAAGUAAUGUGCAACAAAUUUAUUCCAAAAUAAUAAAUAAUGGCUGGAAAAAUUGCCUCUGGAUUCGUGAUAUUCAGAAAACACAGUGAAAAAAUUGAGUAUCUCUUACUACAAACUUCUUAUGGUAUACAUCACUGGACUCCACCUAAAGGUCAUCUAGAUCCAGGUGAAUCAGAAUUGAAAGCAGCAUUCCGAGAAACAAUGGAAGAAUCAGGUCUUCUCAAAGAAGACCUCAAAGUCUAUGAAGACUGUAAAAAAGUGUUGAACUAUGAGGUUAAAGGAAAACCUAAAACCGUAUAUUAUUGGUUAGCUGAAUUGAUUAAUCCAAGAGCUGAAGUUAAACUUUCAGAUGAACAUCAGGAUUUUAAAUGGUUAGAGAUUGAGGAAGCUAUGAAAUAUGCUGAUUACAAAGAUAUGAGAGAAUUAUUGUUAGAUUUUGAAAAGUAUGUGAAGUCUUUGAAAUGAAUAAAAUAAAUACUUGAAAAACUUUCUUUAA